CUUGGAUUCAAAGCUGUGGGGUGGCAGAUUUUCAACUCGCAACCUGGCUAAUUUCCUGCUUCUUCUGGCACCAAAAGGAAGGCCAUUCGUCUCCACGGCAUGCAAAGCGGCAGCUGUCAAAGUAGCAGGACCUACAAGUCUUGCAGCAGCUCCGGGCUGAGAAAAGUGAAACUCUAGCAAGUCUCCAGAGGGUGGCGCACGAGGCCGACUGACAGUCAGGACCUGGCAGCGAGCGCGCGCUCCAGGCGCGCGCCCCAGUCCUCUAGCAUCCACCCAACUCCCCCAUUUAGUACGCGAGUUUACCUCUAGAGGUCAUCAGGCAGGAUUUACGACUGGACAACAAAAGCACGUGAUAUGAAGUCGUACCCCAUAUUUGGGUGCCUACGUAGGAGGGAACCAAGUACUUGUCCCAGUCAUUUCCAUAAUUCAUCAUAAAUUGUGCAAGGGUGCUAUAGACGCACCAAAAAACGAAGCAAAGAGCCACAAAUCAAGGCCCCCCGAUUAAAAAAAAAAAAGCCAACAACAACAAAAAAAAACCCCUAACAAGCCCCAACAACAACAACAAAUGAGCUCCUAUUUUGUAAACUCAUUUUGCGGUCGCUAUCCAAAUGGCCCGGAGUACCCGUUACAUAAUUAUGGAGAUCCGAGUGCCGUGAGCGAGCAAUUCAGGGAAUCGGCCAGCAUGCAUUCCGGCAGGUACGGCGGCUACGGCUACAAUGGUAUGGACCUCAGCGUCGCCCGCUCUGCUUCCAGCCACUUUGCGCCAGGGGGGGCCACAGAGAGGGCUCGCGGCGGCAGUUACCCCUCCAGCGCCAACACCAACGCCAGCGCCGCCACCCCCGACGCCAGGUACGCCAACCGGGCGGCGGCCGCUCACUCGCCUCCGCCUGAGUCGCUGCCUUGCGCCGCCGUGGCCGCCUCGCCUGUCAGCGGCGACGCUCAUCACGGUGGGGGGAAAACCUCCACCGUUAACUCGACCACCAGCACUUCGUCCACGUCUAGCGGCACCGGCAGCGCCAGCAGCAACGGCAAUGCCAGCACCAGCACCAGCCACCUGGGCAGAGAAGGGCUUAACACGUCGCCGGUCGCCCAGGAGGAUCCUCCCGCCAACAACGAGCAGGCGACCUCUCAGCAGAACGACCAAAACACAGCUCAACAGGCUCCCCAGCCCCAGAUCUACCCCUGGAUGAGAAAACUUCACAUAAGCCAUGACAACAUAGGGGGUCCCGAAGGGAAAAGGGCUCGGACUGCUUACACCCGCUACCAGACCUUGGAGCUGGAGAAAGAGUUUCACUUCAAUAGGUACCUGACCCGCAGGAGGAGGAUUGAAAUAGCACAUGCUCUUUGCCUCUCAGAGAGACAAAUCAAGAUCUGGUUCCAAAACAGGCGCAUGAAAUGGAAAAAGGAUAACAAGCUGAAGAGCAUGAGCAUGGCAGCUGCAGGAGGAGCCUUUCGCCCUUAAGAGAUAUGCCAGCCCUGCUUCUCCCCCACCCAGCCCCCAUCCCAGAGAGGGAAAAACAAUAAAAGUACAAAAACAAAACCAUAACAAUUCAACAGUAUUAUAUAAAUGCUGACCCUGUGUAGGCGCACGUCAGUAAUUUCUCUUUGCUUAACUUCCUUAGAAGGGCGAAUCAACCCUUUGCUGAUAUAUCUUAAUAAUCAUGAGCCUGUUUAAUUGAGCCUCUCUAGUGCGUGUUACAGUAGAUCGGCUUCCCUGUGCAUUUCUUUGUCUUGAAUAGCUUUGUCUUUUUUUUUAAAUGUAGAUGUUUUAACUUAUUUAUAUGAAGCAAGUGGCGUUACUUGAAGAAACUGUAAAAACAGGAAAAAAAAUAAUCCUACGCAAACACUAAAAAAAGGAAAGGAGGCUUCCCUUCCUUCCUUCCUCCCUCCCUCCCUCCCUCCCUCCCUCCCACACCCCACACCCAGUCUGGUUUAAACCCAGUGUUUUUCUCUGUGUUGUUGCCCUCGCUGUGCUUAACCAUGCAUGUGUGUUUGAACGUGUCAGUGUAUGUAUAACUCCAAGCUGUGGCCAAGAUUUCCAAUCAGAAAAAAAUACUACCUAAUUCCUGUGUCAUUAAUGGCUGUUGUAGAGGUGAAAUAAUGAAAAACAAGCUGAACUUGUCCAAACGUGUAGUGAAUAGUGAAUCUGUGACGAAAACUGUGAUUCCAGACAGUAUGUCCUUGCUGUGCCUUUGUAUAUGACUUUUUGCACGAACUCUUAAAAAUGGCUUUUAUUAAGCGCAGCUUCGGAAAAAUAUAGGGGUUUGGGGGGCUGUUGUUUUUGUUUUGUUUGUGGACAAAGUUACAUAUAGAGUCAAAGUUUGGCUGUUUGAACAAAAAAUGUGAUUUUUUUUAAAGAAAUGUGGAUUUUUUUUCAAUUGACUGGAAAAAUAAACUUUCUUUUGUAAGGGAUCUUUUCCCCCUUUUCUUUCUAUUUUGUCUUUUGCCUUUUGAGGGGGAGCUGGUCUGUACCCUACAGAGACUCAUAUAUUGCUCCACCUUUCGUCUGGAGACUAAAGUUGGAGAGGAAACUGAGCCCAAUAGCCCCUGUAAACUGGAGCAAAAAUUGCUUUCUGGGUUGAAUGUUGUAUAAGAAACACAAAAGUGUUAGACAUUUUUUGGGGGGAAGAAAGAUACCACACUGUUACCGCUUUCUCCUAAACAAACAAACGAACAAACAAACAUAUAAACAAGCAUUUGCUUUCCUCAACUUCAUUUCUAAGAACUUUAGCUUUCUACAGGGAACUAAUGAAAACUAACUGGUGGACAGUUAUAGAUAUCUUCCAGAGACUCUUACACAAAAUUUACCACGAAUUAUUACACUUCCCCUCCUACAAUUUUAACAGAUAUUGGGGAAAGAUUGUUUUAGAUCAACUCAAAUAAAUAUGUAUUUCUUUGUUUAGCUUUGCUACAAUUAAUUUUGCUAUAAAUGUAACACUACUUACCCAACCCAGGGCUUGAAUGGUUAAUGCUUCUGAGUUCCUAAGAGUAACUAAAGAUCUGUAGAUUUACAGGCAAAGCACAUUGGUAUCUUCCCUUAAAAGUUAUAAAGCAGUAAACUUUAUAAGCCCAAGUUCCAGCUAUAUGACAUUUGGAUACGAAAUGAAUAGGGUUUUGUCUAUGAAUUAGAUCGUAAAAUCAUCCAUAGUACAGACAGAUAGGCUCACUGGCUAUAAAAAGUCACGUGGUGCCAUUAAAGUAAGUUUUAUGGUUCUGGGGAGUUGUCAUCCAACAUUAUAUACCACAUAACAUAUAAUCACACUGACGCUGGACUUCAUUUGACUCUCUUACAGGCUACAUGUGCCUCCUGGUCAUUCAAAUUGUCAGGGUUUAGGUACAGAAGUAUCUCUCCCCAAGUUCUCAAAUACUCAGUGAAAAAAAGCGCUUAAGGUAAGUUAUGUGCGCAAGUUGCUUAAGUUGUUUUUACAGUAGAGAACUCAGCUAUAGUUUUGCCUUACUCCUUGUUUUUGGACCUGACAGUAUUUUGAAAUAGUCCAAUAAUCUAUUCAAGGUUCUGCUUUAAAGACAGGGUGAUUUUUUUCAAUCUGCCCCAAAUCCUAUAUAACCCUAUAUAGUUUGAACUUUUCUGGAGCUGAGCUAAUACAUAUAACAACAACAAAUGUUAUUGUCAUCUUAAUCAAACAUUACAGUCUCGAAGCAAGAAAAGCAGAAUAAGAGUCUUUGGCAGAGAUGGAGUUUGAGGCCUAACUUUAAUUAUGUUGGCUAAAGCAAAUGAUAAUGACUUCCUUUGCUCCAUGAAGGUUUUUGUUUGUUUGUUUGUUUCUCUCAGCUGUAUUUAUGGGAAGAAGAGUCCACAGGCCAAUUUAAAAAGAAAGAAUUGGGGGGAGGGGAGAAUGGUUUUGGCUAUAAACUUGUUGGAAGGGUCAACAACCCCAUUGUUAUUGGCAUGUCUGGAAUAUUUUCAUCUAGAUGAAAUAUUUACAUAUAACAAUAAAGGUGUUUUAGUUGAUUUUAAAUACUGGAUUCUUUGGGUCUUUUCUGCCUUCCAGAAUUAAUCACACCUGCACCUUGUAUGCUGUACACAAAUUGUUGCAUUUUCUGUUAUCUUAAUAUUUGUACACCGUAUACACAGCACAUGCUGCAUAUUGCCCACUCCAACCGUGCACUUUUUUUAUACCUUCCUCCUGCUCUUCCUUCCAAUGUGAAGAAAUUGAUCACAACUUUAGAUUCUGCAUACCUUUAUAUCCCUGAAAAUUACUAAAGACUGUCUCUAAGUUUAUAAGACAUAAUAAAGAAGCCCAUUUAUAUAGCUAGCUAUCUUUCUCUUUUCUCUCUUUCUUUAUUUUACUGGCUGGCAAUUGUUGGGGUAGGCCCCCAGCUGCCUGUUUAUUUCAACAUCCUUUUUUUAUUUAAGCAGACACUUCUCACUAGAGUGUGAUUGCACAGCAAUAAAGUUUAUGGCCGGAUUUAGAUCUAAGUCUUUGAAUUUUCAGAGUUGAAAGAAAGCAUAAAAGAACAUUGGGGUUUUUUUUUAAACUUUCCCUUGCCUGCCUGCCUGGCUACUGAAGCAUCAUAUAAUCAGAAUUUAAAAAUUCUUACCCCUGGAAAUUCAGGAAAGCAACUGCUGGGGACACAGUAGCAAUUUUAUAUACAAAAUAAAAUGAAUGAUUUUGCAAGUGAGCAAGUAGAUUUAAAGAGAAGGAGCUAGAGGAUAUCUACAUUAUGAAUCAGGGGGUUUAAGCCUUAUAAUUACCUGAGGUAAUUCACAGAUUCCCUUCCUAAACUCUUGCUAAUAAUAAUUCAGCUGUUGGUCAAUGUAUAUGUCACACUAGACUAUUAGAAUUUCUUUCAAUUAAAUGUCAAAUGAGGCUUCACUUCUCUAUGUCUUAAUUUCUUUCUGCACAUUAUACAGAAUUAAAAGCAGUUUUCAUCAGUCUUAAAAUCUCAGUGGUAUCUGGCAAUAUAAUUGAAUCUUACCCUAUUCUGGUUGCUAUAUAGAAAGAGAUAGAUUUUAUGGAGGUAUUAAUAAAUAUUUGAAGAUCUGGAAACUUCUAUCAGUUUUAAGAUGACUCUAAUUAUGAAUAUAGGCACUCAGAGUCAUUUACAUUGUGCGUGCAUGUAUGUGAUCUCUCUUCACACUUAUAUGGAGUAGAAUUAAUUGCAUAAAAUUUAUUGUUAUUUGUACCCUCUCAACUCGGUUUUAUGCCGUGAUUUCUGCCUGCCACAGUUACGUUAAGAUGUGCUGAAUUUUUAACAAUAUUUGGCACGAUUUAGAAUGGGGAAAAAAUCAUUACUUUACCUUUGUGCCCUGUUUGUUUUCUUAAGUAAAAUUAAAAAAAGAAGGCCAUACAGAUUUAAUUUAAAUAUAUAUAAAAUACAAAUUCCCAAUCCCACUUUCAGAGAAAGCUAGCUUUUCAGUUGAACAGCAUUGCUCUCUGCAGGGUUACUGAUGAAUUCCUACACAUUCAAAAGCAAAGGUCCUACAUGCCAAAGGCAGAAGUCUCCACAUAAAAUACUAUUCAAGCCAUAAUGCAUUAUUUAAUUCAGCUUAAAUGUGCUGUGUUAAAGUUUUGCUGAGCUUCCCUGUUUUAAAUACAGAGGAGAAAUGCUGCUUAAGCCAGCUGGGGCCAGGGGAGAGUAGCCCGAUUCUUUCGCCCUGGGUUUCUUUUCUUAUUGCUAUGUUUAUUCCCACACAUGAGGAAGGAAAUCCUUCUACAGUGAGAUCUUAAAAACCAAAUGUGCUAGUCAUCCUUAAGACUAUUUACAAUUAGGGAACAUAAUUCCAUGACUUAGAGGCUAAAUGUUAUUCAGGUUCUUUCUUGUUAAUGCUCCUUUUUCCAAAUAUCUAGUUAUCUCCUGAACUAACAACCACUCAGCCAGUGCUCCGUGGAAAGAUGGCUGAAUGAACAGAUUGAUUUCACAGACAGAGCAGGGAAAGACAUACAGUUCUAUCAAAGUUCUCUACAAAUAACUGACCCUCUGGAUAUUCCUGAAUUCAAUGAGACUUGCUUCCAUGUUAUUGUGCAAACUAGCCUGUAGAUCACAAUAAACAAAAUUAAAUUAUACUAGCCACCUAACUCCGAGGGGAGGAUUGCAACAUGUGCAGGAGAAGAAAACAUUUUCCCCUCAAAAUGAUGAUUUGAUUUUAGUCUUUCUGUCAUUUCAUACCUGAGCAGGAAGUUGAAUAAACAGGCCAAAAUUCACUCAUCUGCUCAAAACACUUAUUACCCCAAAAUAAAACACUGUAAACCAAAUUUUUAACAUUAAAAAAGUGUAUUUGCAUAAAUGAUGAUAAUGCCAUUGCUAUUUUAUUUUCUUUUGGUAGGAAUAAUACUUUAUUUUCCUUCACCUUAUCAGAAGCUCUUUAUGGUUGUUCGAAAGUUUAAUUUUAUCAGCUCAAGUCAGUGUUUUGACUUUAGCAAGGUAACCAUGGCACUUCCCUCUGCUGAAAGCACAAAGAUGACUUUUGAAAUUCACAUGACAUGGCAUCAGCAUGCACCUUCUGUUCAAAGCCUUGUGGAAAAAUUCUUAGCUCCAUUAUGCAAGUGAAAUAAAUACUGCUGAUAUUUUCUACUGUUUCUAUUGAACAGUUUAAUACUGAGAUUGGCAAUUAGAGUUCCUACAUCAGAUCUUCUUAUUUGUCUUCCUCCUUACUUCUAACUUCCCUUCCCCUUGAAAGAACAAGACUGUUUUUUGGGAUAUAAUUCAGCUUUGCAGUUUUCUAUUAGUUCUGACCAUACACAUCGUAGACUUUUUUGGAUUCUGUAAAAUCCAAGUAGCCAGCUUACGUUUCAGUAUUUCUUACAAGCAGUUUUCUCUGGGAAAAAAGAACUACAUCUUUCUUGCUUAGACAGAUGCAGUCAAUGCAAUAUAAUUACAAAGAAAAGUAUAUCAUACUGUGUUUUUGCAAAAGUGUGUCUCUUCAGAAUCCCUGGAAUCUCCUCCUCUCAUCCUGUUCCCGAUCUUCCACAAUGGCUUUUCAAUAAUAAUAUUUGUUAUGAAGGUUAUUGGGUAAUUAUUGCAGUUUUGUGAAAUAGUCCUUGCUCGAGGUGAAGUCUGUCUCUGAAUAAUAAAUGGCAGCUCUUGCAGUUCAUUGCCAGGUUAAGUAAAUGCAGAAAGGAAGAUAAAUCUGCACACUCUGAGACUCACCAGCAGAGCUCGCUUUAGACCAAGUUCAUCGUCAAUUUGCUUUUCCUUGGGCAAGGCUUCACAAAUCCACUGGAUCAGUUCCUCAGUAUGUUGUUUUUGUUACCAUUCCUGUUAAAAAGACUUGGUAUUCACUCUGCAAGUCUAUUUCAGAGCCUGGAGUUUACCCACCUGUCACAGAGGCUACCAGAGCCAUUCAGUUUCUGCUUUUUUCAGCAGUGGCGAAAUGUCUUUGGAAAGUGAUUUUAGGUUUUGCUUACAAAUGAUAUACUUUUUUUAAGGACCUCUCCUUUUUUCUCCCCUUCUUUCUUUUUAAGAACACCACAUCCCUCUAGAUCCUUUAGGAAACCUUAAUGGGAAAAGGAAGGCUGCAGAGUGUAAUCCUUCUUUAAGGAGAUAGAAGCUGCAUUGCUUUUGUAUAUCUUUGUGAUUAGGGCGUAACUACUCCAGGUCAAAAAGUUGAGGGUCAAAAGUUUACAUCUUGCACUGCUCUUAGUCAUGAGCGGCCUAGACAGAGUUUGAUGUCAAUGUUAUAGCCAAGAUCUUGACUAUCAACACAAAAGAUAAAACAGCUUUGAGUUAAGUGCGGAUCCACAGUAUGGACUCCAGGUGAACUCUGGUGGUUGGUCGAAUGACCUCAAUUACUGAGGGAAGGAUAGAAAAUUCCUCUUUUCAGAGAAGAAUACACAUUGUAUUUCAUCUUGAAUUAUCAAGCACAGACUUUCCCUGAAUCAGGUGAACGUGAUGCUAAGACACACAUAGCUCCAUUCUUCUGCAGAAAUGCAUGUGAGCUGCAAAGACCAAAAUAAAUACCCUUCUGAGUGCUGUACAAAUAAACACUAACCAAUUCAUUCAGGAGAAUUUCCAUUUAUUUUUAUCAUUUAGAGUUGCACCUUUCAUGAAGGGAACUACAGUCUAUGAAAAUUCCUUUUGUCCUUUGUAUACUUGUGCCUUGAUUACAACUUUUCCUAAUUUUGUGUCCUCCAGAAAUUUUGAGCUACCAUUGGUAAAAUUGUCCAAAUGCAUUUAGAGGAUGCCAUGAUAGAAAAAGUUGCUUUUAUCUGGAGAUGUUUGCUGGUCUAAUUCAGAUUUAUCUUUUAAAACUCAUCAGUUGUCAUUUAAGUUGUCUUGCUCCCUUUUGGAGCAAGGAAGAAUGAUGCAUAUAAAUGUGUAAAAAAAUGGUAUAGAUUUCUAUGUUUCAGUACAUAGCAAACUGUACACAACUUACUCAGUUCAGUUAUAAGUGGGUUUUUAAAUAAUAUUUGGAUUUUGGGGGUGAAACAUCUAGAAUAAUAUGUGAUGCUUGCUCUUGAAGCAGCAAAUUUAUAAUUUUAUUUUUAGUAAGAAAAUAUAUUUGCAUUACUUUAUACAUGCAUGUAAUGUGUACAUAUAAUAUGCAUAUUUUCCUUUGAUAAAGCAGUUUUAUUUAGUAUUACAUUUAGAGAAUAAUUUUCUUCUUCUUCCAAGAAGCAGAAAAGGAUGGUUGGAAGGGUUUAUUUAAUCUGCUAAAAUGGGGUGGUUGUUUUUUUAAACAUAGCCUCAAUUUGUUGAUUUUCAGAUUUUUGCAAAAGA